UUAGUCAUUGGGUGCAAUUUCCCUAUUCUAAAAUUUUCGUCCACAUUUUUUUUAAAGGAUAAAUGGAUAAUUGCUAAGUUAAUCUUUGUUGAGAAUUGAUAUAUCCCUGACCAGAAAUAGAUACUCCUCUAUUAAUAUUAUAAAGAUGUUCUGCAUUUUUUGUCAGGAUUAUCGAUAACUUUUUAAAUUUAGAAAUCUCAUCAAAUUAUUUUUGGGUAGAAUAAAUACUGAAAUCCUACUAUAUAUUAAUUGAGAAGUCAUUUAAAUUAUUUUUUGCUUAUGUAUCAUUCAUAGGUGAAAUUUAGAAUUAAUUUUUUUAAUUUGAUUGGUCGUUAGUAUUUGAAUUUUCAUUUAUUUAAUUAAAGUUUUAAAAAGGAAACUAAUCCUAGAACUAAAUAAUCUAAUCUAUAUUACCAUGCAAACAAUUAAAUAUUUUAAAGAUAAAAGAAUUAACAUAAUUUGUUUAUAGAAACAAUUAAAUAUCAUACAUUACAUUACAAAAAUUUAAAAAUAUACAUAUAAAUACAUAUGAUAUGAUAGAAAUAAUUAUAUAAACGAUUUUAACAUAUUUAUAUUAAUAUUGGAUACAAUAAAUUAUAAAUUGCAGAAAACUAAUUAACCUACUAACAAUAUUUUGUUAUAUUCACUAUAUAUAUAUAUAUUUAUAUUUAUAUUUUUUUUCCCUAAAAUGUAUCAAAUAUGCAAAACAGUCAAAUAUGCAAUUUAAAAACAUUCAGCCAUUUUUCAGUGAUAAAUGUUGAUUGUAUAAUCUACUUUGAGAAAUGAUUAAAAUUAUUUGUAUAUUUAAAUAAGGAAAAUAUAUAGUAAGUCUUUUAAAAUAAUAUAAUAAAUGAAAAUAUUUAAUAUAAUAUACUAAUAUGAGACUAAAGUUAAUAUACUCUAUUAAUAUAAUUCAUUUAGCCUUGAUUAUAAUAAAAUCAUACGGUAAAUUCUUUAAAGUAAUAUUAAUAAAUGAAAAAAUUAUUAUAAUAUAUAUUAAAAAUGAGAACAAUAUAUUAAUACAAGACUAGAGUUAAGACUCUAUUGAUAUAAUUUUGAUUAUAAUAAAAUUGACAUGCUUAUUUUGUAAUAAGAAAAAAAAAGAUACAUAUAUAAAACAUCAGUGAAGAAUAAUAAAACUUGUUUGUUGUAUUCUUUGCUAUUUUAUACUUUUACGUACUUAAUUUUUUAUAUGUUUACCAAAAUAUAUGUGUUUUACGUAUUACUAUAACCGUUAAUUAAUUAUUUGUAACUAUUUUCUUUCUAAAUAAAAUAAAGUGAUAGAUAAAAAAAUGUGAAAAUAGAAAGUGUUAUAAAAUAAGUUUUCGUUCAUUAAUCUUUGGGUUUUUUUUAAUUAAUCAAAAAUUAUGUCAUAAAAAGAGUUUUUGGAAACUUAUAAUAAAAUCUAUAGAAUUAACAAUAUAUCUCAAUAAUCUUCUAAGAUUAUACAAUACCAAAACUUUUGAUUUUCAUACUAUUUAAAAUAAAAAGGUUAUUUUUAAUAGUUAUGAUUAUUAUUCAAAAUUAUAAAAUUAUAAACAUAUAUAUAAUUAUCAUAAAAUAUUUACACUCGCGAAAUCGUGUACCUAGUUUAAUUUUAAAUCAGUAAUUGACUACAUGCAUUUCAAAAUUAACUGAUAUCCAUUACACAGAGAUCAACGGCGAUAACUUGCUCUCGAGGUACUACACUAAAGCCCAUCCAGUAGAUAUAUUGCAAAAUUAAAUAUCCAGCGAAAUUAACAAUAAGAAAAUACAAGUGUUCAAUGGCAGAACCAGAAACUUUUUAUAUCGAAAUGAGAAAAAAAAUUUCGUAAGAUCAAAUUUUAUUUUUAGAAAAGAUCAAUUUAAUUUUUCUUAAACAAAAAUAAUGAUAUUAGUCAUGUUCGUUUUAUAACCGCCACUUUUAGCGGCAGCGACCAAAAAUCCAACCUUUUAUCACGGCAAUACAGACGCCGGUGAGAUAUCGCUUACCUAUUUUUCAGCCGCAGAGUCAACUAUCGACAAGUAAAGGGGACGCUGAAAUUAUAAGCGACACAAGCGUCUCGUUUUUCAAGUCUCCGGCAAUCCAGUCGCGUCUAUUUCAACUCUUGAUUCUGUUAUUUUGUUCUCCGUCGUAGCACAAUUUUUUGCCGCUGCCGCCAGACUCCGCGUUUACAAAACGAACAGGACUAUUUUAGAAAAUAGUGGAGUCGGCUGACCCCACUCCUACGACAUUGCGUCCUCCCCUGCAAGUGUUGGAGUCUCACCACAUACUUUGAUUACUCGAGUGAGGAAUUAAGGAUAACCUAAACGAAAUAGAAGAAUAGAUUAAUGUAGUGCAUAUGUCAAACACGUGACCCUUGAAAAAGGAAAUCACGUUCAUUAUAAACUAUACAAUAUGAAUAGGAAAUAAUUAAGUUAGCUUUUCUAUGAUUAAAUAAUUUCCUUUUAUCAUCAUAAGACUUUAGCUAUAUAUAUAUAUAUGCAUGUAUGCCAUAUGAGAUUAUGAGAACACUGAACACACCACAGAGAUCAAUUAAUAUGGCUCCAACGAUAAAAACCAUCGCUGAAUACAAGUCUCACCAAUACUACUUCGUCGAUUUCUUUGGAGACAAUUUGUUCGUCACUCAAACCGAGACUCCCUCCGUCAUCAGGCGAUGGAUCCGAUACGUUGUCUACCGUCACCGUCGUUCUCGCUCUCGUCACCCUCUCGUCGUUGGAGUCGGCGUCCAGUGGACACCGCCAUGGUAUUUCUCAGCGCCGAAGGGUUAUUACCGUCCAGCAGAUACUCUCCAGUUAUGCGUGGGAACUUUAUGUCUCAUCAUCCAGCUCUCUUACUGUAAGCGUGUCCCGACAAUCCUUCGAAGGUUCCUCACGAAUCCCGAAACAACUUUCGUCGGUAUAAGGAACAGUCAAGACGUGGAGAGGCUAGUAAGAACUAAACAGCAGUUGGAGAUUGGAGAACUUCUUGACGUAAGGAACUACUUCACGCUCACGGAUUGGCAUGGUAGGAGUUUCAGGCCUCGUUCGUUUGAGGAGAUUGUUGAGACUUGUAUGGGGUUUCGAGGAGUUAGGCUAGAUAAGAAUAUAAGCAAGAGUAAUUGGAGUGUCGGCUACCUUAGCCAUGAUCAGUUACUUCAGGCUUCAGUAGAUGCUUAUGUUUGCUUCAAGCUCGGUGUUGAUUCUCGUCUAUGGGAAGUCUGAAGACAUGUAUCACAGGAAUAGUAUGUUAUGAAUCUUUUCUUUAUUCUUUUGUUAUAUUGUGGCUAGGAAUAAGCUGUUUUCACAUUUUAAUCCAUGAACAUUAUUAAUAGAGGGUUAAUAUCCUUGAUCAUUCAUCUUACAGCUUUUCCUACAUAAGACGAUUUACGAAAAUAUUAAAUUAUGCAAACUAAGAAAUAAAAGAUAACCAAUCUUUAAUCAAAGUAAAAUAUAAUCGCCAAAUUAAUAAAAGAUUUCAGAUAAAGUCUAUGGAACGGAUACACAAAAUAUACCAAAGGAUCCAAUGUUGCAAAUCUUGUCUAGGUCAAUGCCUUCUAGUUAGAAAACUACAUAAUACGUUAUAGUUUUAUGUGUCAUAUAAUUGUUUUGGAGUAAGUUAUACGAGACAAUAACACAAUAGUAUUCCCCAUAUUUAAACAGUUGGCUGUGGAGGGAACAGUACUCGUACAACGGUACAAGAGACGUGAGAGCGAGACAAACAAAAGGCCAAACCUACUCAUCGUUAUAUAGUUUUAAUAUUUACCUCUUUUUAGACUACUAAUAUUUACCUAUUUUGGAAUGGAUUUAACAGCUAGUCAAAUCAUAUUCCUUCUGUCAGAUUAUCAAGAAUUUUUAAAUUUGGAAUUCGUCAAAUUAUUUUCUGGAGAGAAUAAAUUUUAAUUUAAUUCAGGAAUUGCCGCUAAUGAUAUAAUAAAACAAAGAAAAGAAAAUCAGUAAUUAAUAAAAUAAAGAAAAGAAUAUCAGUAAUUAUUUUGAGGUUGGUGUAAAUGACGUGAGGAUAAGAUAGGCUAAACCUAGCCUACAUGUAUCUCAGCCGUUCAAAUUUAUCUGACAUCAAUUUUACGAAGAUCAACGGUGGUAAUUUUCUCUUGAAUACGACAGUAGUGGAUAUUUACCAAAUGAAUUACCCUCCAACUGUUUUUGCCCAAAAAAAAAAAAAAAGAAUUACCCUCCAACUGUUAAAAUAAGAAAAGAAAA